UCUCUCAUCUCCUAUAUUACCAUCCACCGCUCUCUCUCGCUCUCUUCAUCUCCCAACAACACAGAGAAAGAAGAAGCAGAAGCAGCGGCAGCUGCGAUCGAAGACCACAAGUUCCAAAUCUCGUUUUUGAAUUUCGCUCCAUUCGUGCUUGAUUUACGCCUUUAAAGGUUCAAGAAUAGACCAUGAAUCCUGACAAGUUCACCCACAAGACAAACGAGGUUCUUGCCGGGUCUCAUGAGUUGGCUGUGAAUGCCGGGCAUGUACAGUUCACUCCGCUUCAUUUAGCCACGGCUUUGAUUUCCGACCCGAAUGGUAUUUUCCGGCAAGCAAUUGCCAAUGCUGGUGGUGGUGAAGAAGCUGCAAAAUCAGUUGAGAGGGUCUUCAAUCAGGCAUUGAAGAAACUCCCCACGCAGAGCCCUCCCCCGGAUGAAAUCCCUGCGAGCACUUCCCUCAUUAAGGUGCUUCGACGGGCGCAAUCGUCACAGAAAUCGAGAGGUGACACCCAUUUAGCCAUUGAUCAACUGAUCCUUGGCCUUUUGGAAGAUUCCCAAAUUGGGGAUCUUCUCAAGGAAGCAGGGAUCACUACUGCAAAGGUGAAAGCAGAGGUGGAGAAGCUCCGUGGCAAGCAAGGAAGGAAAGUGGAAAGUGCCGCUGGGGACACUACAUUCCAAGCUCUGAAGACUUACGGCAGAGACCUUGUUGAGCAGGCUGGAAAGCUUGAUCCGGUCAUCGGGAGGGAUGAAGAGAUUAGGAGGGUUAUUAGGAUUUUGUCAAGAAGAACCAAGAACAACCCAGUUCUUAUUGGAGAGCCUGGUGUGGGUAAAACUGCAGUCGUUGAAGGCUUAGCGCAGAGAAUUGUUAGAGGGGAUGUUCCUAGUAAUCUCGCUGAUGUGAGGCUUAUAGCAUUAGAUAUGGGGGCAUUAGUUGCGGGAGCAAAGUAUCGCGGAGAGUUUGAGGAAAGAUUGAAAGCUGUUUUGAAAGAAGUGGAAGACGCUGAAGGGAAAGUGAUUCUUUUUAUUGACGAGAUACACCUUGUUCUGGGCGCUGGUCGAACAGAAGGGUCCAUGGAUGCUGCUAACCUCUUAAAGCCAAUGCUUGCUAGGGGCCAACUCAGAUGCAUCGGUGCUACAACUCUUGAGGAAUACAGGAAGUAUGUGGAGAAAGAUGCUGCUUUUGAGAGGCGGUUCCAACAAGUUUAUGUGGCGGAACCUAGUGUUGUAGAUACGAUUAGUAUUCUUCGAGGUCUCAAAGAGAGGUACGAGGGACAUCACGGUGUUCGAAUUCAGGACCGAGCUCUUGUCGUAGCUGCACAGCUAUCAUCUCGAUAUAUUACUGGGCGGCAUCUGCCGGACAAGGCAAUUGAUCUUGUUGACGAAGCUUGUGCAAAUGUGCGGGUCCAGCUCGACAGCCAACCCGAAGAGAUCGAUAAUCUGGAGAGGAAAAGGAUUCAGUUAGAAGUUGAACUUCAUGCUCUGGAGAAGGAGAGUGACAAAGCUAGUAAAGCUCGCCUUGUUGAAGUAAAAAAGGAGCUUGAUGAUCUGAGGGACAAGCUUCAGCCUUUGCUGAUGAAGUAUAGAAAGGAGAAAGAAAGGAUUGAUGAGCUUCGCCGACUUAAACAGAAGCGGGAGGAGCUCCUGUUCACUUUACAGGAAGCCGAAAGAAGAUAUGAUUUGGCAAGAGUAGCAGACCUGAAGUACGGUGCAAUCCAAGAAGUCGAGGCCGCGAUAGCAAAGCUUGAAGGGAGCACAGAGGAAAAUUUGAUGCUAACAGAAACUGUAGGACCGGAGCAGAUUGCAGAGGUGGUGUCUCGCUGGACUGGUAUACCUGUAACAAGGCUCGGACAGAAUGAGAAGCAGAGGCUGAUUGGCCUUGCCGAGCGGUUGCACCUAAGAGUAGUGGGACAAGAUCAGGCAGUCAGUGCAGUUGCCGAAGCUGUGUUAAGGUCAAGGGCCGGGUUGGGGAGGCCACAGCAGCCGACUGGUUCAUUCCUUUUCUUGGGUCCAACAGGUGUUGGGAAGACCGAGCUUGCGAAAGCUCUAGCAGAACAACUCUUUGAUGAUGAAAAUCUAUUGAUUCGGAUUGACAUGUCCGAGUAUAUGGAGCAACACUCGGUAGCUCGAUUAAUUGGUGCUCCACCCGGCUAUGUUGGGCACGAGGAAGGUGGUCAACUCACAGAAGCCGUGAGGCGGCGGCCGUAUAGCGUUGUUCUUUUUGAUGAAGUAGAGAAAGCCCACCCCACUGUUUUCAACACCUUGCUUCAAGUUCUGGAUGAUGGAAGGUUAACGGAUGGUCAAGGCCGCACGGUUGAUUUCACAAAUACAGUGAUCAUUAUGACUUCGAACCUUGGAGCCGAGUACCUCUUGGCGGGCUUAAUGGGCAAGUCGACAAUGGAGGCGGCACGCUUAAUGGUGAUGCAAGAGGUGAGGAAGCACUUCAAGCCUGAGCUGCUCAACCGGCUCGACGAAAUUGUGGUAUUUGACCCCCUAUCUCAUGAGCAGCUGAGGAAGGUUGCUAGGCUUCAGUUGAAGGAUGUAGCCAGCCGCCUGGCAGAGCGGGGUGUCGCCUUAGGUGUGACUGAAGCGGCAUUGGAUGUCAUCCUAGCGGAGAGUUAUGACCCGGUAUAUGGCGCUAGACCGAUCAGGAGAUGGCUAGAGAAGAGGGUGGUGACCGAGCUGUCGAAAAUGCUCGUGAGGGAAGAGAUUGAUGAAAACACAACUGUUUACAUAGAUGCUGCAUACAACAGGAAGGAAUUGACAUACAGGGUUGAGAAGAAUGGAGGGCUUGUCAAUGCUGCCACGGGGCAGAAAUCGGAUAUACUGAUUCAGAUAUCCGAUGGGCCGAGGAACAGUGAUGCCUCCCAGGCAGUGAAGAAGAUGAGGAUUAAAGAAAUCGAAGAUGAAGACGAGGAAAUGGAUGAAUGACAGAGUCUUGUAUUUCUGGUGCUGGUGCUGGGAAACCUGUUGAAGUAGUAGUAGUAGUUCAAUGGUUUCCUGCAGUUUUAUUUUCCUUGUUUUCUGGCAUUUGGCUUGUAUGUAUGUAUUGUAUUGACGGUUUGAGUUUGGAAGAGUGAGAAUGGUUGGUCAAAUUGGGCUUUCUUCCCCCUCCUUUUUGGUUCAAUGAAAGGGGCUUUUUUAUACAGGCAAA